AUGGAAAAACGCACUUUAAAGUCUCUAACUAUCGGUGAUAAAAUAAAAAUUAUUGAAGAAGCCAAAAAAGGAGUGAAACGCAAAAAAGAUAUCGCGAGUGAAUUCGGUAUUCCUGCAAGUACCUUAUCGGCUAUAUUGAAGGAUAAAGACAAAAUUCUCAGAGCAGUUGAAGAGGUCCCUUGCUUACCACGUCGACCAUUAAUUCAAGAAAAAGCAGCAGAGUUCGCAAAGAAUUUAAGCCUCACAUUUCAAGCUAGUUCGGGAUGGCUGGAAAAAAUUAAAUCGAGGAACGGAAUCGUAGAAAAAAUCAUAUCAGAAUACGACUCAAAAGACAUUUUUAAUGCACAUGAAUUUGGUCUCUUUUUCAAGUAUACACCUGACAGAACUUUGACAUUCAAAGGAGAUACUUGUCACGGAGGGAAAAAGAGUAAAGAACGUGUAACAGUCAUGGUAGGAGCUAAUAUGACUGGAACAAAAAAAAUUAAAACUCUUCUUGAUUGGAAAGUCAAAACAACCAAGGUGCUUCAAAAAAAGAACGUGGAAUCGUUAACAGUCAUAUACGCGUAUAACAAAAAAGCAUGGAUGUUAUCCACUAUCUAUGAAUCUUGGAUAUUUGACUUGGAUAAAAAAUUUUUCAACGAUAAAAGAAAAGUGCUUCUUUUUGUCGAUAAUUGCCCUGCACACCCAAAAACACUUUUGCAUGAACUAAAAGCAAUACGGUAUAAUGCAAAGAAAUUUGCGAAAAAUGGAUUCCGGACUUGA